AUGUAUGCUCCUCGUGCAAAAUUUGAGCGUAUCUAUAUUGUUUCACCAGUAAAAGUUGCAAUUAUAUUUUUAACAUUACUUCAUUGUCUUUUUAUCUUAAUUGCUUCAUUAACAUCAUUUUGGAUUAGAACUUCAUAUGGUCAUUAUGGACCAUUAUACAGUUGUGAGAAACGACUUGAUUGGACAAAAUCUUCAACAUAUCCUAUAUCGAUAAAAUGUGGUCUGGGUCAAUUUUUUAAUGAUAAAAAUCUAUAUUGGAUGCCAGUAACAGCUGUAUUAGCAAUACUUUCAUUUUUAAUGGCGUUUAUUUCAAUUAUUCUAGCAACUUCAUCUUUUGUGAAAAAUUCAUUUACAGUUCGUCGUCGUUAUUGGCUAUGUACAAUCAUUUUAUUACUAUUCGUUUUUUUAGUUGAUUUCUUUCUAAUAUUAUUUAUUCCAUUGAAUCAUCGCCACCAAGUUUAUCAUCUUCAAUGGGCAUAUGGUGUACAUUGCGGUGCAACAUUAUUUAUUUCAGUAUCCUUAAUAGCAGCUAUACUGACACACAAUACUGAUGAUAUUCAAUAUGUGGAAGCAAUAGAUGAAUCGUCAAUUGAUAAAUAA